AUGGCUGCGUUGGUACAGACAAUCCCCCAGCAAAGUGGCACGGUUUCUGUGCUUCAAACCCGACCAUCCUCUUCUUCGGGCACCUUCACAACUUCCUCGCAACCCGGGCAACAACAGAAUCCGCGGAACUCGACGAUGUCCUGGAACCCCUAUAACAACAGCGGCAGUUCGGGAAACUACAGAGUGGGCCACCAGGUCGUGGCCCCCUACGCCUUCACCAGCACCCCCAACCCCUCGAAUCCAACCAACAUGCAAUCCCGUCAGUCACUGUCUCCUCAUUUGAGGCCAGAGCAUCGCACUUCUUCAGCCCCCUCGGUGCCUCAGGGGUCUGCAAGUCCCGCCAACGUCGGAGUCAACUCGCGUUUCGCCCAUCCUGCAGCUGGUUCUGUAUCCACUUCUUCCUCCAAUUCCUCCGUCCAUUCCUACAUGUCGAAAGACGACUCGGCGAUUCCUACCAGACAAAUACGUACCGAUGCUCCCCUGCGCCCGCUCUCGACAGUCAACCUUCCCUCACCCUCCUCUUCGAAUUUCAUGAACAUAUCCUCACCAACUGUGGCCCGUCCGUCCCCCGACCGUUAUCGUCGUGGAAACCGGCGACCGGAAAAUGCUGCGGGCGCCCAGCCCGCUUCUACGCAGCCUAACGGGCCGGCACCUGCACGUUCUGCAACGUUGGCUACGGACGAUAGUUCACUUCACAUGAGCACUCCUGGCCUUGCGGGGGUGUCUCUGGAUGCCCCCCGUCGCCCUGGGCAUGUCCGCGUGCCCAGUGCUGAUGAUACUACUCGUGCAGAUAAGCCUCAGACAGAGUUAGCCAAGAGGUAUAGGCGCCGGAGUUGGGGAAACAUUGAUAACGCUGGUCUCAUCAAUAUGCAGCUACACUUGCCCACAUCAUCGCCGACGCCGACAGCAGGUGGCCAUGACUACUUCGAUCAGAGCAUGCGGCCCCGAUCGGCACAGUCUCACAGAGAAGUUCAAGGAAGCAUUCCGUCCGCCCAUUCUUCGACUUCGUCUGUACGCGAUGCAGGGCACAGCGAAUCUGCGUCAUCCAGCAAGAGCGGACCUAAGACCGAUGACAGCAAGCGACCGAACAAACCCUCACCGCUGUCUCAACCGGUCGAGGUUGACGCUAAACCCCCGACUCCAAAAGCACCCCAGCCUUCCACGACUCCACAGCCUGCUCCCACGGAGAGCCUUGCUACUCAGCGUCUUGCCGAAAUCACAAAAGGCGACCCCAAGCGACCAGGGAAAUCCAGGCUGAGGAGGGCCUUUUCGUUUGGUAGCGCUUCAGAGCUCCUCAAAGCUUCCUCGCAAAAUAAAAGGGAAGCCAUGGCCACGGAGAGGGCUCGCAGGGAAUUGUUGCAAGAGGAGCUGGGUCCAGAGCAGGCAGCCAUAGCUGAACAACAGGAAGCGAGCGGCCUGGGCGAGAGCAUUUACUCCUCGCAUCACCAAGGUCGUAUAUUCAACAGCUCCACCGACAAUCUUUCCGUUUCAUCGACAGCCUCCUCCGCCUCUAUAAUGCUUCGCAAAAUGGGCAAGGGAAUGAAACGAUCGACGCGGUCAUUGGUAGGGCUUUUCCGCCCGAAAUCGGUAGUGAGCACAUCCUCGACCGAUGGUGUAAUGAUUGAGCCUAUGGCACCCCAGCUGUCCGUGGUCAAUAUUGAAGCGGAGAGGAAAAGCACGGCCGUCACCUCAGACUCGCAAGACCAUGCUCUUGGUAGCUCGUUGUUCUCUAAGGUGGAAACCGAUGCAGCGAACGCCGUGAGUCAUGAAGAUGGCGCCCUGGACAAGUCGCGUAAAAGCAUUGUCGGAGGAGACAGGGAGCGAGCGGAGGUUCUGGCAGCUGUGAGGAAGGGCAUCCUGAAAAAGACCUACUCGGACCCGGCUAACCAGACAUAUGUGCUCAAAUCAUCGGAAAACUUGAACAGCAAUGACUCGCCGCAUUCCAGCGUUCCCAGCACCCCUGAAGACCAGACACGGUCAGGUAACCGGCGAUCCGACGCGGUUAAAAUUGCUGGCGAGGAUGAUUAUCUAUCCGAAGGGCGGUUCCAGACCUCCGAAUCCAAGAGCGCGCCUAUUACCCCACAAGCUAUGAUGCCGAAAAGCCUUGUGUUUAGCCCCCGGAUUCAGUUCCACGAAACAUGGCCGAGCGGGGAAUACGAUCGACGCGGUGACAUCGCCACGUGCAACCGGUUGACUCCCCUCCUUGCCCAACAAAUCAAGGAGGAGCUGAACAACUUCAAAAUGGUGAGGAAUUUACUUCCCCUCCUCCCUUCGACGUGA